UUUCGCUGCAAUUUCUAAUUUUCCCCCCUCGAAUUUCGAAGGUGAAAUAAACCCUAAUUAUGGUUGAUCAACACCCAUAUUCGAUGGGAGAACCGGAAUUUAUUCAAGAUGAAGAUAUACGGAUUGAUACCACAAAAGCUAGAUUUAAAAAUGUCAUCAAAAGACAUGCAGAACUUACAGAGCGUCUUUCCAGGGAUUCUGACAAGAUGGUAUUUGAGCGUUUGCAAAAAGAAUUUGAAGCUGCACUAUCAUCUCAAACUCAAGAGAUCUCUCUGGAAGGUGAAGAUUGGAAUGAUGGGCUGCUAGCUACAAUAAGAGAGAGAGUUCACAUGGAAGCAGAUAGGAAGUCAACAGCAGGGGAUUCAAAUAUUGAGCUAGAUUCCCCCUUUCUUGAAAAAAUUACUUACAGGGUGGGAAGUAAGGUUAUAUGUUGUUUGGAAUGUGCAAGGAUUGGAAUACAGUAUGAAACAUCAUUUGCUGGAGAGCCAUGCGAAUUUUACCACUGUGUCCUUGAGAGCAAGUCAUUUCUGGAGAAGAUGACGGUUCUAGAGCACACAAUUCCUUUCUUUUUGCCUAUACGAGAAGCUGAAAAUGAUCUUCUCUCAUCUAAUGCAAUGAAAUUCAUUGAUCAUGUUGGGGAAUUGUUGCAGGCAUAUGUGGAUAGAAGGGAGCAGGUGCGCGUCAUGAAAGACAUUUAUGGGAAUCAAAUCGGAGAUCUCUAUCAUAGCCUUCCUUAUCAUAUGAUUGAAUUUGUGCUGGAGGAUUUCGAAUGCACCAGGAUCACCAUCAGUCUUAAAUAUGCAGAUUUGGUGUCUAUUCUUCCAACCAGAAUCAGAGUCAUGGCUUGGCCAUUAAACUCCUCCCAGAAGGGCCUUGCGGAGGUGCCGAUGAGAAGGAAGGGAGCUGGAGCAUUGCCAAAUCAUCUUAUUCCCACACGCCUAUCUUAUGCAGAAGAUGCCCUGCGAAGUUUUAGUUUACCUGAAGCUUUUGCAGAGAUCGUGCUGAACUUGCCACAUGCACUUCAGCAGAUUUGGGUUGGGGUUGAUGGUUCUGAAGACUGAUAUGUAGAAAGCUAGAGGCGUACUAGUACUAGUAAUUGUACCCAAAUGCCUACCGUGUAUAGUGUACUAUAGAAAUGUUGAGUCGUCUGCGGCUAUUCAAAGCUCUCUCCCCUGUCUGCGAAACUAAUUUCUGGGCCAACUCCGUGGACGAUAUUUGUGGAUAUAAGUUAUUGCAUCUUCUUCAGUAUGGACAUUCUGAUAUUGUGAUUUAUAUCGUUUCAUGUCUUGA